AUGAAGAAGGCGAGCAAAGGGAGGCAGAAGAUCGAGAUCAAGAAGGUGGAGAACGACCCCCACCGCCACGUCACCUUCUCGAAGCGGAAGAACGGCCUCUUCAAGAAGGCCACGGAGCUCUCCACCCUCUGCGGGUCCCAGCUGGCCGUCAUCCUCUUCUCCCAGCACCACAAGGUCUUCUCCUGCGGCCGCCCCGACGUCGACUCCGUCCUCCGCCGCUUCGAGCUCCACCACGCUCGCCGACGUGGCGGCCCACUGCUCAACCCCACUCCCCCUCAUCCUCAUCUUCUUCACCAUGAUGCUAUUAACAACAUUAACAAUAACAACGUGAUUAGCGGUAAUGAUCAUGGUUUGGGGAUUAGCGUGCAAGAGCAGGAGUACGUGAAGUCGGUGGAGAGGCUGGAGGAAGCGAAGAGGCUGGUCAGCGAGUUGACCAACUUUCUCGGUCAUAAUAAAAAGAAGGAUGGUCGUGGAGUGGGUCCCGUGCCAGCGGCCUACGUGGCGGAAUCGGCGGCGGGGGGAGGGUUUUGGUGGGACAGGUGGAGGGUGGAGGGGAUGGAGGAGAAGGAGGAGGUGCAGUGUUACAAGGAGGCUGUAACGGAGCUGAAGAGCAGAGUGAUGGCGAGGAUUGACGCAAUGGCGGCUGGCAACUCGGCGGCGGAGUCGGGGAUUAUUACGGAUUUUAUUCUGAAUAAUAAUCACUUUAAUCAUGGUCAUCUUCAGCACGGUAAUAAUGAAGUCGGCGGCGUUGGCGGCGUGGUGGAUGUGAAUCCUGCUAUCUCCAUCUCCAUAUCGUCUCCUUCCUCGUGA